CGCACUUGGUGUGUGAACUGCGAAGGGCUUCACGCUUCCUUCCGACAAAGAAACUAGCGUGUCGAACGCGCGGGGCACCUUAGCGAAGAAAACAGAGAGAAGUGGAACUGCUACUGUUUAGCGGCUUGCGACUUACGAAUUAUACGCCAGGAGUGGCGGAGAGGAAAAUGCGGGAUAUGGCGGUUCUUCGAGGCUCUGAGAUCUACAACAGUUGCAGAGAUCCGCCAUUACUUGAAUUCGAACUAGAAGAAGAAGAGGGCUUGUAGUACUCAAGUGGUUACAUUGCUUGGUGAGGACUGAGGAAAACCUAGAGAGUAGAGAUCAUUAGUUUUGUAUUGCCUUUUCACCUUUAUGUUUCUUGCAGUCAGUUAUUAAGUGAUGCAGUGACAAUUUCGGGAUGAAGAAGUGGACCGGAGGCACUCUGAUUAUUUCUCUUGCUAUGAUUUUAAUUCUCCGGUACAGCCUUAUGCAAGACCAGCCAAAGAAGCAAUCAGCAUAUGAUUUCUUCUGGAAUCAUCCAAGCAAUAAUUCUCGUUUAGGGCAUAAUGGUGUAACUAGGACUUCUCAACUGCCACAGGAACGCAAUCGUGCGAGAAAGCCCUAUCUUAUCAAUGUCGAUGGACUCAAUGAUCUGUAUUCUCUGAAAAACAUUUCAGAAGAAGACUCCAAAGUCGUACUUGUUUGGGCUCAAAUGCGUUCCCUAUUGUCUAGGUCAGACUCUUUGUCUGAAACAGCUCAAGGGAUUAAAGAAGCGUCUGUUGCGUGGAAAGAUUUGUUGGCUGCUAUUGAAGAUGAGAAGGCAUCUAGGAUUAGAAACAGUAACAUCCAGGGAAAUGAUGAGAAGGAUAAGAAUUGCCCUUUCUCUGUUGGUAUGUUGAACAGUACAAUGUCUAUUUAUGGAACCAUCCUUGAGUUUCCUUGCGGGCUUGCCGAUAGUUCUUCCAUCACAUUGGUUGGCAUUCCUGAUGGACGCCAUGGAAGCUUCCAAAUUGAACUUAUAGGCUCACUACUCCCGGGGGAGUCUAAGCCUCCUAUUGUGUUGCACUACAAUGUAAGUUUGCCAGGGGAUAAAAUGACAGAGGACCCGGUCAUAAUUCAGAAUACAUGGACGAAAGAACUUGGUUGGGGCAAAGAUGAAAGGUGUCCUGCUCGUGGUUCCAGCAGCAACAUCAAAGUUGAUGGACUCAUUUCUUGCAAUGAACAAGUUAUGGGAACUGUAUUGAAAGAGAACCUCAAUGGCAGUCAACCCAGUAGUAAGACUAAUACUUCUGGGGGAAGUACACACAUAACUUUUAACUUCCCGUUUGUUGAAGGAAAUCCAUUUACUGCCACACUGUGGGUUGGACCAGAGGGAUUCCAUAUGACUGUGAAUGGGAGGCAUGAAACAUCUUUUGCAUAUAGGGAGAAACUUGAACCAUGGUUGGUUAGUGGAGUAAAAGUGGGAGGUGGCUUACAUAUCUUGUCUGCCUUGGCAAAUGGCUUGCCUGUCUCUGAAGAUAUGGAUUUGAUUAUUGAUGCUAAGCAACUCAAAGCACCUCCAGUUUCUAGGAAAAGGCUUACAAUGCUAAUUGGGGUUUUCUCAACUGGAAACAAUUUUGAGCGUCGUAUGGCAUUGAGGAGGUCUUGGAUGCAGUAUAAAGCUGUACGCUCUGGGGAUGUGGCUGUCCGCUUUUUUAUUGGUCUUCAAAAGAACAAGCAAGUUAACAUUGAGCUAUGGAAAGAAUCUCAGAUGUAUGGCGAUAUCCAACUGAUGCCUUUUGUUGAUUAUUACAACUUGAUCACAUUGAAAACAGUUGCUAUUUGCAUCAUGGGGAUUAAAAUUCUCCCUGCUAAAUACAUAAUGAAAAUGGAUGAUGAUGCUUUUGUCAGAAUUGAUGAAGUUCUUUCUAGUCUCAAGGGAAAGGUCUCCAAUGGACUCCUCUAUGGUCUAAUUUCCUUUGAUUCAAAACCCCAUAGAGAUCGAGACAGCAAAUGGUAUAUCAGUACUGAGGAAUGGCCACAUGCUUCAUAUCCACCAUGGGCUCAUGGUCCAGGAUAUAUUAUUUCAAGGGACAUUGCAAAAUUCAUUGUUCAGGGCCACCAAGAAAGAGACCUCAAGCUUUUCAAGCUAGAAGAUGUUGCAAUGGGGAUAUGGAUUGAACAAUUUAAGAAGAGUGGUAAAGAAGUGCACUAUGUCAGUGAUGAUCGGUUUUACAAUGCCGGGUGUGAAUCAAAUUAUAUUCUUGCCCAUUAUCAAGGUCCAAGGAUGGUGUUAUGCCUCUGGGAAAAGUUGCAACUUGAGCAUGAGCCUACGUGCUGCGAGUAACUUGCUCUAUUGAUCUUUUGAAAUUAAUUCCUUCAAGCCAAUAGCCCAAUACAAAGGUAACAAAGAGCUUUGGGAAUUUGUUCUAGAUUUUUGGGCAUGCAAGUUAUAGUAUCAGUCAGCUCAAUUUCAUAAAUCAAUCUGCCAUUGUUCUACUGACGUUCUGCAACCAUCAGUGACACUGACGUGCUGCGAGUAACUUGCUCUAUUGAUAUUUUGAAAUUAAUUCCUUUAAGCCAAUAGCCCAAUACAAAGGUAACAAAGAGCUUUGGGAAUUUGUUCUAGAUUUUUGGGCAUGGAAGUUAUAGUAUCAGUCAGCUCAAUUUCAUAAAUCAAUCUGCCAUUGUUCUACCGACGUUCUGCAACCAUCAGUGACACUGACAGAUCUAUUCCAAUCUCAGUUAUGAAGAAGAUUGGUAGCAAUUCCAAUUUCAUACGUUUUAAAGACUGCCUGUUUGUUGUGAAUUUGUGUUUAAUUAUCUUUCCAUUCUUUUGUCAGCACCUAAUGGGAAAGGUGUAUCCAGUUGGCAUGUUGUUUUAGUUGUAUGAUAUGGAUUCUUUGAUUGAUUGAAGGCUAAUCCUCACAUUGGUUUUGUUUGUAACAAACUGACAAGUGUUAUAGAGAGAUCUAUUAGUCA